CUUAGUAGGAGCUUUUUCCCUCUUGCCUAGUACAAGUCUUCUCUCCCUCUUUCACUGGGGGUUUUAAGCAUCUACAACUCUUUGCAAAGUGUUUGAAGUUUUUUCCAUCUCAACCACGCGAUCGGACUUCACGUGGUGUGCGCACGAGCCUUCAAGUUCUCUCAUAGAACUGCUUGGAUGAUGGGUGCUGAUCAAACGUUUGUAGAUAUGGGAAUAAUGCCUUUCCAAGUUAGGUUCAAGUUUGGGUUUCAAAUGGAGCGGCUUCUUCUCCUUUGUUCUAUUUAUGGUGUUCUGGGCCUUGGUGAGACCGAUUGUCUCAGGUAUUUUGGGGGUUGGACCAGAAAAAGCAAUGGUUUCAUGGAGGUUUUUGAGAAUCAUAGAGUUGCUAGCUGUGGUGGGUCGGAGGAAGAAAGAUUGAAGGAAGUCACUGGUGUUCAGAUUCCGAUGGUUGCUAGUCAGGCGUGGCUAUGUCCGAAGCAUGCGCACUCAAUAGCUUUGUCAAAUCACACAAGCUCCAACAACACCUUGACCCCAACGCCCUCCUCAACUGUGCACUCCCGUGAUUCCCAAGGGUCUUCUGUGAAGGGUAAGAAUGUAAUUGUAAAGGCCCUGGUUUUGGGCUCUCCAUUGUUGGCAUCUGAGGCCCAAUUUUCACCCAGCCCGUUUCCCAAAAAUAACCCCUCUCCUUUCAAUGAGCCCACCAAUUCCCCUUUAUGCCCACAAAGAGGGCUUUUAAAAAGGGUUGCUGGAGCCCAAGGAAAGAAAACUCAAAACUUUUAUAUGCAAGCACAAGUUAAGUGUCGGGCUCUCGGGUUCAUUGGAGAGAGUGGGGGGUAGUUGUUGCUUUUCCUCCCAGUUGUUGUAUGCUCUCUCAGUUAUACCUCUGUUUUCAGUUAAAUGAAUAUUUCAUGUAAUUAUCAAAAAAAAAAAAAAAAAAAAAAAAGAUCCAACCUAGCUAGCAAGCCGCAAGCACUUUGUUGUAACUUUGAUUGUUUGCUCUUAGCCCAAUAUGGAUGUGAAUUUAUCUUGCUUAAUCUAAUGUCUUCA